AUGGACGCCCCGAUCGCCGUCUCGCUGCGCGCGCGCGGCCUCACCGCGUUCACCGACGACCGCCUGCUCCGCGGCGAUGCGCGCACGCGCGCGCGCGCGGCCGGCGCCGCCUUGCUGCGGCAGGCGAACCGGCAGGUCGCCAGCCUGUUCUGCGCGCUGCUCGCCGCGGUCGUGUCGCUGCCGCCAUGGGCCUGGUUCUCUGCGGCGCUGGUCAGCCUGGCAGCAGUCUUCUUUGUCACCAGCCGGUCAGCCGCGUUGACUGAUGGGCUGGUGACACAGUUCUCGGUGGGGAUCUGGCUACUCACCGCGUACAUGGCGGCCGCCGGCGUCGCGCGGCGGGAUCGGGGCGCCGUGCUGCUGGGGCAAGUCAAGGCGUGCCUUGUCAGCGUCGACGCCCUGGCGGCUGCGCUACCACCCGCAGUGCCGGCCGACGGGCCCGGCGGGGCCGCAGACCACCGUGACGGCCUGCGCGCCGCGUCCAUGCGCCUAAUGGACGCGCUACACGGCUACCUAGGCGGCCCGCCCCGCCCCAACACCGAGGGGUUCAGCUGGGGCCUUCUCUCCAGCGCAUCGUCCCCCUCACCAGGCCUGUACAAGCUCUCGCUGGACAUCGGCACGCGCCUGCGGCGGGUGCAGGCCGCGGUAGGCGCAUUGGGCGCGGCGGCAGCCGGCGCCGGCGUCGCCGCGGGCGGCGGCGGCGGUGGCGCGGCGCACGUCGCCAUUCUGCAGCAGGUGGCCGCCCUCCACGCGGCGGUGGAGGAGCUCUCGGCGUUGAAGGAGCUCAGGACGCCGCUGCUGCUGCGGGCCACGGCGCGAAACAACGUGGUGCUGGUGGCCCCGAUUCUCACGGGCUCCGCGCUCGCCGAGCUGGCGCGGUCCGCGCCCGGCUCGGCCGCGUUCGCGUGGUCUGUCGCAGUUGGCUGCAUGCUCCAGCUGCUGCUGGCGAGCCUCUUGGCGGUGGCGACCCACCUGGAGGACCCUUUCGCCAGCCCCCACCCCGACGCUCUCAGCCUGUCAGAGGCGCGAGACAGCCUCGGCUUUGUGAGUGUCAAGGAGGAGGCUAAGCAGCGCCCCUUCCACGGCCCUGCGCCCUUGCCGCGCGUUCUGGGGCCAAGGCGCACACCACCUUCGUCGCAUGUGGGGCCUGCGGAUGCCGCGUCGACGGGUGGCGCGGCGUGGGCGGGAGCCGGAGCAGACGUGGAGGCCGGGGUGGGCGGCGACCAGCAGGCGGACGGCUUGGCGCGCGGCAGUGCGAAGCCCCUGCAGCAGCAGCAGCAGCACCAGCAGCAGCACCAGCAGCAGGAACCAGAUCAGGGCCAACACAGUCUAGAGCAGCAGCAGGAGCAGCAGGAGCAGCGGCGGGAGCAACAGCAGCACCAGCAACUGCAGGAGCAGCAGCAGAGGGUCGGCCGCGCCCGCCUGGUUGUCAAGGCGGUCAAGAAGUCCGUCGGGGAUCUGACCAAGGCUGACCUUGAGGGCAAGCGCGUGUUUGUGCGCGCCGACCUCAACGUGCCGCUCGACAAGCAGACCCUGGCCAUCACCGAUGACACCCGCAUCAGGGCCGCGGUGCCCACCCUGAAGUACCUGCUGGACAACGGCGCCAAGGUGCUGCUCACCUCCCACCUGGUGAGCGGGAACUUCCCGGCGAGAAGCCCGGCGGGGAGCAAGCCCCGGCCUCGACGGCGCGGGCGCAUGAGCAAGGCGCUGUCGGCGCACGGCGGCGGGCAGUCCGGGCGAGGCUCCGUCGUUCUCAAAGACCAAUGCGGGGCGGCUGGUCUUGAGUGCAAAUAA